GUUUGGACCUUCAAACACCGCGACUCCCUCAACUGGGCAUUCGGAUGGUGUGCGAUCACGGCGCUAGGAAAUUUCGACGCAACUCGUAGCGCCCAACUCAUCCUAUGGGAGCUGAAACUCGUAGUUGACUUUCCUCACGCGGCUACCAUACUCCUUCCCUCCGCCGUUAUAACACAUUCGAACACUCCCGUUGCAUAUGGAGAUGUUCGGACAUCCUUCACUCAAUAUACGGCAGGCGCUAUCUUUCGUUGGGUUGAGAACGGAUGUCGUACAGAGGAAGAGUUUGAGAGGGAGGACCCAGAAGGUCAUGCUAAGAUGCAGGGGAACAAAAAGACAGCGUAUCUUCGUCGCCUCGAAAACUUUUCCACUGUAGAUGAACUUUUGGGUAGAUUGUCAUGGCUCUGA